CGUCAACAAAGUUAAUUUUUAAACAAUUAUUUUGUAAAUUAGCUAUUACAUAUAACUAAGUUUGAGUAAAAAAGUAGUAAUAAAGGAUUAUAUGAAGGCAAAUUAUUAGAAUAUUAAUUAAGGAAGCAUUAAAAUUAAGUAAUUAAGCAUGGCAGAAGACGUGAAAUUCGAUAAUAUUGAGAUAAAAGAGGAGAUAUGUAGUGACGAGGAGUUUGAAUUUGAGUUUUCCAUUGACGAUACAGAAUACGAUGAAAUUUUGAAAGAGUUACGGGCAAAGGACAGCGAUUUAGAGGAAAUAGGCGACGAAGGCUUAAGUUGUCCAAUGGAUGGAUGUAAUAAGUCAUUUUCACGUCGAUAUAAUCUCACCCGACAUCUUCGUAGUCAUCAAGUAGGUGCAAUUGAGACUACUGGAAACAUUUGUCACAUUUGCGGCAAGAAUAUCAAAGGAGUUUACUCACUUCACUUGAAAAUACACGAUAACAUUAAGCCCUUCCGUUGUGACGAGUGUGGACGUGAAUUUCGUCAAAAGAUUGCACUUCGCAAUCACUUGCUUAUCCAUCAAAAUGAGAAGCCUCACGAGUGUCCGUGGUGCUUUAAGAAAUUCAGACAAAAGUACAGCUUACAGCAUCACACUAAGCGCCAUACUGGAGUUAAAGAAUUCAUCUGCGACUUAUGUGGCAAAGAGUUCUCAGAUAAGGUGACAAUGCAUAAACAUUCGUUAGUUCAUAGUACAAAUAAGCCACACCAAUGCGGUACAUGCUUCAUGUCAUUUCGUCACAAAUCAUCGUUAUCACGUCACACAAAGAUCCAUUUGAAGACAACACAGUGUCAUUUAUGCCAUCGUUCGUUCCGCUACGAAUCGUUCUUGAAAAAGCACUUGAUUACAGCACAUCAAGACGAGGAUGCAAUCAAUCAACCGCAAUAUAAUGCAUUCGUUAAGGAUUAUCGUCAGCGCUUUAUCCCAUCCACAAAAACCCGCGAGGAUGGCUCAUCUCAGCAGCAAUCUGAGGACUGUGUUGUUAUGUAUGACGAUCAAAAUGCAUCCCAAGUUAUUCAAAUUGAUGCCUCACAAUAUUAUGGACAACCAUCGAGGGUCAUUGUGAAUAAUGUGCAGAACUUUACAUAACAAAAAAAAGUUUCGAACUUUGAUUUUUAAGAAUUUCUUUUCCUUUUUUUUUCUUUGUAAAACUACUCAAAAAAUACAUUACAUAAAGAAUUGAUUUUAUGAAAAAACAAGCAAA